AUGUCGAUAUAUUUCGCUCGUUCCCCCGAUACCCUAGAAUUCAAACAGCGUAGUAUCAAUGGUAGCGCGCGAUGGCAGCAGUCUGCCUCGACAACCAAGAUCUUUUACGAACCCCGUGUGGCGGCGGGCACCGAGGCUGCGAGCCAGAGUCUUCAAGUUCGGAAGAGUGACCCUUCUGCAGCCAUCUUUCGGGCUCCUUUACAUCCGCCGCCGCCGCCGCCGCCGCCGCAGCAGCAGCAGCAGCAGCAGCACGAUGCGCACGAUUCUCGACGCGGUAGUGUUGGGAGGUCACCGGAAAAGUGUGAUCCUGAUCCCGAACGAUAA